AGGGAUUGGAUUUGACCUGUUGGGAAUGGAGGUGGUGAGAAUGGAUAAAAAUGGUUCCCUGCUUCCUAGCAUGUUUAGAAUGAACUGCCCCAUGCCCCGAAUCACUACUAGCAUGAAUUGAAAGGACCAAACUGGAUUCCUUUCAUGACACCCACUUUUGUUAUUGAUGCUGCUCAGAAUCACCUUUCUCAUUGCAGCACCAAUAAAGUCAGUGGAAUGACACAAGAAAUGCAGUUGGCCUUAACAAUUUUAAGAUGAAAGACAACUGAAGAGUGCAACAUGCAUGUCACGCCCUCUGAGGUUGCGAUUAGCCAAAUAAUCACCAACGCUGAAAAAACAAUGUAACUAAUUAGGACCUCCUCCCAAAAUGGCAUUGCAGAUCCUCCAGGAAGUCUUACCAACUGUAUAUAAGUGGUCACAACUCAGAGCUCUUCUAAACACUUCUCCGGAUUUCAUCUCCUCGGUGAACUGGGUUUACCUCCAUCCCAGAAAGAUGACUUUCUCCAGCCUGUGCUAUCCAGAAUGUGGGGUGGCCCGACCCAGUCCAGUCACUGGGAGCUUCAACGAGCCGUGCGUUAGGCAGUGCCCUGACUCCGAAGUGGUGAUCAGACCCUCACCGGUUGUCGUGACCCUCCCUGGACCAAUUCUCAGCAAUUUCCCUCAGCAGAGCAAAGUGGCAGCUGUUGGAGCACCUGUGGUCGGAGCUGGUUUUGGAGGCUCAUUCGGUUUGGGGGGAUUGUAUGGCUAUGGAGGCCAUUAUGGAGGAUUGUAUGGUUUAGGGAGAUUAGGUGGAUACGGGGGCCUUUAUGGUUAUGGGGGAUUAUUGGGAGAUGGAGGAUACUGCGGUUACCCGGGUCUUUAUGGUUAUAGGGGAUUAUUGGGCCAUGGAGGAUACUGCGGUUACCCGGGUCUUUAUGGUUAUGGGGGAUUAUUGGGCUAUGGGGGACAUUGCGGUUACCCAGGCAUUUAUGGUUACGGGGGAUUAUGGGGAUAUGGGGGAUAUGGCCGUAGGUAUCUUGGUGGAUAUUGUGGGCCAUGCUAAACCCAGCAGGAAUAUCCGUGGAAGAAGGAAGAACCAGGAAAUGAACAGCAAGAUAUAGAUUCAUGGCUGAUCUUUUGGGCAUGGCUUUCAGAAGUGCUGGGCAAACAGGGCUCCAGCUGACCUCAGUGGGAGCUUUGUGUGCUCAGCACCUUGGGCUGAUAGCCAUGCUUCCUUUCUAAUGUUACGCUUUGUGACUCUUUCUGCUAAUGCUUUCCCACCCGUGUGCUGAUUCUCUUUUUCACAUAUAGACUCAUUCUGAAUCACACGCAGGCUGUUUACACUGACCCUGCAGUGUGAAGGAAACAGGGGUCUUAAGAUAGUCAUUUACGUUUAUUAUCACUUAAGUCCCUUUAGAAGGGGAAAAGGAGAAUUAGGAUCUAUAUGUUCUAUCCUUUCCAUCAGUAUGUACCUUUAGUGCCUCACUUUGAUGUUAGCUGUGGGCAGAUGUCUAAUGGAGAAGCUGCGUAGUCCUCUGCUUUUAUUUUGUUUUGGGUCAUUUUCAACCGACUGGGGUAAACAAAGAAAUUACAAUGGUUACAAAGGGGACUUGUUUGUCAACCUCUGCAGCUGCAACAAAGCAACCAGAACAUCUUG